CAGGCGCCUGGCGCGCUCCUCCUGGACGCUCAUCACAGCAUAUUCGCAAAAGUUUCAGAAAAAGGCCAAAAAAAAAAAAACCCAUUGGUUUCCUCGACGACGUUAAUACCUCGCUUUAGAAGUCAGAUCCUGAUGCCCACAAACCGAAUCCCGUCGCCUUGGUUUUCUCGACGACGACCAAGAAAGAAAGAAGAGGGGGUAGAGCGAUGAACGGGCGGCCGCUGUUGACCCUCUCGGGGAGCUUCCGGGCGGAUAAGCUGGGCCGGAGAGCGGUCCAACUCUCCGGCAUCACCUCGAGGGUGGACUGGGACUUUGACGCGGUUCACGUCGUGAGAGGGGAGAAGGACAGGAACGCCGAGCUCUGGCCCAAUUUGGCGAGGGACACCUCCCCUGAGGCCCUCCUCUCCACAUUAGGCGACAAGAUUGACGACGGGAGGCACCUGUAUAUCGCUACCAACGAGCCCGAUACCUCCUUGUUUGAUCCAUUGAAGGAUAAGUAUACGGUUCAUUUCCUCGACGAUUUCAAGGACUUGUGGGGUGAGAAUAGUGAGUGGUAUAUGGAGACCGAGAGCUUCAACAAUGGGAUUCCAGUGGAGUUUGAUGGCUACAUGAGGGUGGAGGUUGACACUGAGGUGUUCCUGAGGGGCAAGAAGCAGAUCGAGACCUUCAAUGAUCUCACGAGUGAUUGUAAAGAUGGGAUCAAUACCUGUCACAUGGAUUCUUGAACAAUUGAUGGAUUCAUUCGGUUUGCCGAAUUUUUUAAGUUUUUUUUUCCCCAUGAUAAUUGCAAUAGGUUUCUGCAUUGUACCUAAUAUUUGUUGAAGAUUCCUAUUGCCUUGUAAGAAGCUGCUUUGGUAGCAUGCUGAUUAAUUUGUUGUCUGGAAAGCUUCCUGUUUUCUUGUGAA